CCACCUAUCAUCAUCAUCAUGAGCGCUAGCGUCCAGUCUGAAUUCAAGGUCGUAUCGAUCCUUGAUACUGACUUGUACAAGUUCACGAUGCAACAGGCUAUCUUCGAAUACUAUCCCACUACGCAAGUCGUCUAUCGAUUCACGCACCGCGACAAGCACCGCCAGUUCUCCAGAGCAUGCAUACAGAAAUUUCGUGAAGCGCUGAACGGUUUCGCCGAUGUACAACUAACACAAGACGAACGCGCCUGGCUCCAAGAUAAAUGCAAGUUUUUCAAGCCUGCGUACCUCGAUUAUCUCCAGUCUUACAGGUUCAAACCUGAACAAAUCUCGGCCACUUUCCUCCCGUCUUCCGAUGACCCCGAUAUGGGCAGCGUCAAGAUCGAAGCGAGGGGCCUGUGGCUGGAGACCGUUUUAUGGGAGGUCCCGCUCAUGGCGUGUCUGUGCGAGAUGUAUUUCCGGUAUGCAGAACAAGAUUGGGAUUAUACCGGCCAGGAAGAACAAGCCACGCAUAAAGCUACAUCCCUUUUAGACGCACGAUGUACGUUCAGCGAAUUCGGGACGCGGCGCAGGCGGUCGUUCGUCACGCAUGAUUUAGUGGUGAGAGGCCUUAUCAAGGCGAGGGAUGCGCAUGAGUGGAAGCAGGGAUUUUUUGGAACUAGUAAUGUCUACUUCGCUAUGCGAUACAACCUCAAUGCGAUAGGCACGAUCGCUCACGAGUGGUUCAUGGGUGUUGCGGCGCUGGGAGAUUACAAAGACGCUGCUGGGACAGCUCUAGACCUCUGGUCCAACCUCUACGGAGACAGUCUUUCAGUCACGCUCACAGAUACAUUCUCCACCGAAGUGUUUUAUCGGGAAUUUGAUCAUAGGCGCGCUAGCCAAUGGAAAGCCCUGCGUCAAGACUCGGGAGACCCAAAAGUAUUCGCACCGAGGGCUAAGCGGAUGUACGAAGAGCUCGGGAUGGACCACACACAAAAAGCCAUCAUCUUCAGCGACGGGUUGGAUUUCAAGAAGGCGAAGGAGUUGAAUGAGCAGUGUCAGCUGCUGGGAUUCAAGUGUUCGUUUGGUAUUGGAACUUGGCUGACCAACGACUUCAAGACGAAGAGCAGUGGGUACGAGGAACGGAGCAAGGCGCUGAAUAUCGUGAUUAAGCUUGGGUCGAUUGAUGGGAAGGAAUGUGUGAAGAUUAGUGAUGAGCUUACAAAGAAUACGGGAGUUCCGGAAGUUGUGGCAAAGGUUAAAGAGAUGUACCAGAUAUCGGUCUCGUAGACCCAGUGUAUACCAGUAGCUGUGUGAGUGAUGGCACUUUUGUGAAUGAGAAUUUGGAUUGACGAUGGGAUGGCGUUGUCUUGUCACUCCAGGGCGUUCAAAGGCCAGCAACGAA